ACCUCAACUCUCUUCUAAGUCUUGUCUUUCUGCCACAGCUGUCCAUCAGGCACCGGCCUUCCCUUACAAGCCAUGUCUACUCUGAAAGCAAUUUGUGCUGGGCUCCCCCUCCAUCCUCUUCCAGAGAAUAGAGGCCGAAAGAGUGGAAUUCCUCAUGCUCCUGUGAGAAGCCCAAAUCUCACGGAAAGUGAAGAAAAAUUGGCUUUAAAAAACUCUCUGCGGUAUUUCCCGCCUAACUUGCAUGGAAUCCUGGCACCAGAAUUUGCGAAAGAAUUGAGGCGCUAUGGGCAUAUCUACAUGUACAGGUUCUGCCCCCAGAUUGAAAUGAGAUCUUAUCCCAUUCAGGAAUAUCCUUGCAAAACCAAGCAAGCUGCUGCAAUAAUGCACAUGAUUAUGAAUAACCUUGAUCCUGCAGUAGCACAGUUUCCCCAGGAACUUGUAACAUAUGGAGGAAAUGGACAGGUGUUCAGCAACUGGGCGCAGUUCUGGCUGGUGAUGCACUAUUUAUCUGAGAUGACUGAAGAACAGACAUUAGUUAUGUACAGUGGACAUCCCUUAGGAGUCUUCCCAAGCCAUUGCAAUGCACCUCGAUUAGUUAUCACUAAUGGCAUGGUAAUCCCCAAUUAUUCCUCUAGAGAGGAAUAUGAAUCUAUGUUUGCAAAAGGAGUUACAAUCUAACAGUGCUCAAUGCAGGCCGUCGAUACUUGGGAGUGGAGAAUCUGUCUGGCAAAGUCUUUGUCACAUCGGGCCUUGGAGGGAUGAGUGGUGCCCAAGCAAAAGCUGCAGUCAUUGCUGGAUGUGUGGGAGUUAUUGCUGAGGUUGACGAAGCUGCUCUCUUAAAACGUCAUCAUCAGGGAUGGCUGAUGAAAAUCACCAGAAGUCUGGAUGAUUGCAUUGCUCAACUUAGGGAAGCAAAGAAGAACAAGGUGACCCUUAGUUUGGGAUAUCAUGGGAACGUGGUAGACCUGUGGGAGAGAUUGGUGGAUGAAUUCAAUACUACUGGGGAACUAUUAGUAGAUUUGGGAUCUGACCAAACAUCUUGUCACAAUCCAUUUAAUGGUGGAUAUUACCCAGUACAGCUAAGCUUUAGGGAUGCCAACCAACUCAUGUCCAAUGAUCCCAUAAAAUUCCAGGCUCUUGUAAAAGAAAGUCUUAGAAGACAAAUAGCUGCCAUCAACAAGCUGUCUGAUCAAGGGAUGUUUUUUUGGGAUUAUGGCAAUGCUUUCCUUCUAGAAGCCCAGAGAGCAGGUGCUGAUGUUGCAAAAAGAGGAGGCAGCAAGGGAGAAUUCCGAUACCCUUCCUAUGUUCAGCACAUUAUGGGAGAUAUUUUUUCUAUGGGAUUUGGCCCAUUUCGGUGGGUUUGCACCUCUGGUGACCCAGAAGACUUGGCAACCACUGAUUUUAUAUCCACAGAAGUGCUUGAGGAACUUAUACACCAGGGAGCAAAUCCAUCUGUGAAACAGCAGUAUUAUGAUAACAUACGCUGGAUUCAGGAAGCCAGAAGACAUAAUUUGGUUGUUGGUUCCCAAGCCAGAAUUCUGUAUUCUGAUCAAAAAGGCCGUGUUGCUAUUGCAGUGGCUAUUAACAAAGGCAUUGCUGAAGGAAGAAUUAAGGCACCAGUUGUUCUUAGUCGAGACCACCAUGAUGUGAGUGGGGCAGACAGUCCUUACCGAGAAACCUCAAAUAUCUAUGACGGUUCUGCAUUUUGUGCAGAUAUGGCUGUUCAGAAUUUUGUAGGAGAUGCAUUUAGAGGAGCAACCUGGGUUGCCUUACACAAUGGUGGUGGUGUUGGCUGGGGAGAAGUGAUCAAUGGAGGAUUUGGUCUUGUCCUGGAUGGUUCAACAGGUGCCGAAGAGCGUGCAAAGAUGAUGUUGAACUGGGAUGUAUCUAAUGGGGUUGCUAGACGUUGUUGGUCUGGUAACAACAACGCUUAUGAAACCAUCUGUCAAGCCAUGGACAAAGAGAAGAAUCUGAAAGUGACACUUCCACAUAAGGUGUUAGAUGACAGCAUCUUGGAACAAGCUCUGAGUUGUUAAUUGGACAAUCAUCGUUUAUUCAGCCUUUUUUAAACCGGGCUCCAACUGCUACUUUCCUCUUGUUCUAGUCCAAAGCUCCCAUUUAUGAUACAAUAAAAGAAUGGUUGAAUUUUCUCUUUCAGGAAUGUAAUACUAAAAUAAAUCUAUAUUAGUAAUAUCA